AUGACACGCCAAUCUGAGGUUAAGGCGGGACAAUCGCUGUCGAUAUCUGCACCAUCAAGGCAAGUAUCAUGGGUAUCCCAAUCCUUGAGCCCAGCUCGGCCGGCCUCAGAGAUCCAAAAGCCAGAACCCUACCCACCUGUCCCCUGGUCAUUCCCUCAGCGAUCCAAGCAGACAGUCAGCAACCCACAGCCUUGCCAAGCAAAUGUCGAUGGUGGCCUCAUUUCUGGCCUCAUUCCCAAAACAUGCAAUCGUCCAGAGUGUCGGUGCAAGACUGCUGUGAGCCAAACCAAACCAAAGCCCGACAAGGUCAAGAUCACGGUCAACACAGCUGCUUUCAACCACUCCACCAUCUCCACACCGCUCUCCAAACCAUCUGUCAACACUAAGACUGCUGCUGAAGCGAACAUCACUCCUUCCCCCAUCAACCCCCUUGAGACACCAUGUAUCGACCAAUGUCCCAUCCCCGGCCACCUUCGGGAUAUCGUCCUGCAAGAUGUCUGGGACACUGGCAAAGUCGGAAGCUUCGUGAAUCACGGCUACGUCGCCAAAGGAUCCAAGGACGCGGCAUUGACCAGAGCAUAUAAGAAGGCCGCAGGAACAGCUACGAAUCUCGAAGUCGUCAAAUUCUGUCGACCACCAACACCAGUGUCAAUCUCACCAUCGUCGUCGCCAUCAAGCGAACUCCUUGACACGAUUCACCGUCGCAAAAACCUAUUCCAAUCCUCAUCCUCAUCUUCAUCAUUAAGCAAACCCGGACGCAACAACACCAAACGAGGCUCACGGACAAGAAAAAUCCGACCGAAACUCGAUCACAACACAGUCGAGCAGAGACUGUUACUCACACGCAGAAAAGCAGCCUGUCGAAAAUAUUUGCCCGCGACGGUGGACUUGCACAUCACAGAGCAUGAGGUACCCGCGACCACGAAUCUGGCUCACGAGUAUUCGGCUGCGUUGGCUUGGUGGUAUGAUACCGUGGAUGGUGUGGCUGUGAAUAAGAGGAUUCCUCAAGCAGAUUUGCCGGUGGCGGAUAUGUAUCAGUAUGAUUGAUUGAUUGAGUGAUUCAGUCUAUUGAUUUGUGAGAUACUGGACUGGGUGUUGGUUGGGUUGUGAUGGGUUGGGUUUGUCUUGACGAGUGAUUUUGUGUGUGCGAGUGAUAAUGAUGGAAGGAUGAAGGAUUCACAAGUGAUAUCAAGAUCAAGAUCAGGAUCAGAUCAAGGUCACGUCACGUCAGGUCGUAAGCCGCGAGACCCAAGUUCUAGGUAUCAAUACCAUUGUGUGGUAGCAAAGAUGUCAAUAG